CAUGAAGUCUCUCCUUUUUCUUACGCUUAGUGUUCAUCUGGCACCAGCAGUGAGUCACUCUCUGCAGUACCUCUACACUGCAGUAACUCCAGGAAUAAACUUCCCAGAGUUCUCUGUGGUGGGUCAGGUGGAUGGAGAGCAGACUGUGUACUAUGGCAGUAACAUCAGGAAGAUGAUCCCCAAAACAGAGUGGAUGAGGAACAAAGAGGAUGAAGAUUACUGGAACAGUGAGACCCAGAUUAGUCAGCGUCAUGAGGAGAACUUCAGAACCAGCGUGGAUAAUCUAAUGCGGCGCUUCAACCACAGUAAAGGAGUUCACACAGUGCAGUGGAUAUACGGCUGUGAACUGAAUUAUCAUGGAACCAAGAGAGGUCCAUACAUGCAGUUCGGUUAUGAUGGAGAAGAUUUCAUCAGUCUGGAUAAAUUCACUCUCACCUGGACUGCAGCCAACGCUAAAGCUGUUAUUACCAAACACAAGUGGGAGAGUGUAAACUGGGCUCCUCAGGUGAAGAACUACCUGGAGAACACCUGCACUGAGUGGUUACAGAAGUAUGUGGGUUACGGCAGAUCUGCUCUGGAGAGGAAAGUCCGUCCUGAAGUGCACCUCUUCCAGAAGGACUCUUCUUCUCCAGUGGUGUGUCUUGCUACAGGUUUCUUCCCCAAAUCAGUGAUGAUCUACUGGCAUAAGAAUGGAGAGUAUCUGCAUGAGGACGUGGAGCUCAGAGAGACGCUACUCAACGAGGAUGGAACCUUCCAGAAGAGGAGCGUUCUGACUGUCUCACCUGAGGAGCUGAACUGGAAUAAGUACACCUGCACCGUUUAUCACAGCAGCCUGGAGACGUGGAUACGGGUGUCUAAACGCAGAGUCCUUCAAAGUCAAAGCGGAAGCUUAUUUGGAAAAAUCUUCCUUGCAGUUGCGGCUGUUCUUCUGCUCUUUUCGCUGUGGAUGAUGGUGAAAGAGUGUGGUAAGGAAACAAACGUGUGA